CUCCUUUCUACUUUCUUCUUUUCAAGUAUCCAUCUCUCAAUCUCUUCUCUUCUUUCUUUCUUUUCUGUGUGUGUGGAUCAUCACCAAUCUCUUCUUGCUAAAGCAACUGACUUUGAUCUAGUUAGCUUUGAAUACAAUCCAUGUGCCCACAGUACUAGACUAGUCUCUGUUUCUAUUUCUAUUUCUCUUUCUCUUUCUCUCACACACACACACCCAUUUUCUCUCUCCUCAAAGUGUCUCUGCAGACAGUGAACUCUUGAGCUUCAAAUUGACCACAAUGAACUAGAAGUGGCCUUCACUUUCACUCCCAUUCACACUCCACCCCCUCCAACGUUCAAAGAGUUUUACCAAAUUUGUGGGUAAUGAGCUCCUCACUGACAGAUUGAAGCAAAGAAAAAAUGGUGGGAACUCCGAUUACUCCGAUUAAUGGAAGAACAAGGCUUUCUUUUGGUGUUGUAAAUGGUGGCCAUGACCUUGGCCCAAGUAGCACUCCACCAAGCAAUGCUGGGUCUGAUUAUGGCAGUGUUGAGUUCACAAGAGAGGAUGUGGAGGCCUUGCUGAAUGAAAAAUCUAAAAGGAAAGACAGAUUUAACUAUAAGGAGAGGUGUGAAAAUAUGAUAGAUUAUAUAAAAAGGCUCAAGGUUUGCAUCAGAUGGUUCCAAGACCUUGAGUUAAGCUACUCACUGGAGCAAGAAAAACUAAAGAAUUCAUUGGAAUUAAACCAGCAGAAAUGCAUGGAAUUAGAGUUUCUACUCAAAAUCAAGGAAGAAGAACUAAAUUCAAUCAUUGUGGAGCUGAGAAGGAAUUGCUCUUCUUUCCAAGAGAAGUUAAUGAAGGAAGAAUCGGAAAAAACGGCCGCAGUGGAGUCUCUUGUUAAGGAGAAAGAGGCUAGGCUUAACUUCGAGAGAUCACAGGCUACAUUAUCGGAGGAUCUUGAGAGAGCUCAGCGAGAGCUUCAAACAUCAAAUCAAAAGAUAUCAUCACUCAAUGACAUGUAUAAGCAAUUACAAGAUUACAUAACUAGCUUACAGCAGUACAAUGGAAAACUUCAUUCAGAGCUUUCUUCAGCUGAAGAGGAACUUAAGCGCGUAGAGAAAGAGAAGGCUACUGUAGUGGAGAACCUUACUAUGUUAAGGGGUCAGCUUACUUUGUCUAUGUCCUCUCAAGAAGAAGCAACAAAACAGAAGGAAAUUUUAGCCAGUGAAGUUGCAUCUCUUCGAGUGGAGUUGCAACAAGUGAGGGAUGAUCGGGACCGCCAAUUAUCUCAACUGCAAACUUUAACUUCUGAUUUAGUGAAGUUUAAAGAUUCUUCAGAAAAAUCUUGCUCCGAACUGAACAACUUGGCUAUAAAAACAAAUGAACUGGAGGAAAAAUGUAGUUUGCAAGAUAACCAGUUAAAGGCAUUACAAGAGCAGCUGGAAUCUGCCGAAAAGAAAUUGCAGGUUUAUGAUAUAUCUGCUAUCGAGACAAGAACAGAGUUUGAAGGGCAACAAAAACUUGUGAAUGAGUUAGAAAGACGCUUGGCUGAUGCUGAAUCUAAAGUGAUAGAAGGGGAGAAGCUGAGGAAAAAAUUACAUAACACCAUUUUGGAACUAAAAGGGAACAUUCGUGUGUUCUGUAGAGUCCGGCCUCUGUUGCCUGAUGAAGGUUGCAGCACUGAAGGCAAGAUUGUUUCUUAUCCCACAUCGAUGGAGGCUUCUGGACGAGGAAUCGAGUUGACCCAAAAUGGCCAAAAACAUUCUUUUACGUUUGAUAAAGUUUUUGCACCUGAUGCACGACAAGAAGAAGUUUUCACAGAAAUUUCACAGCUUGUGCAAAGUGCUCUCGAUGGUUAUAAGGUUUGCAUUUUUGCCUAUGGUCAAACAGGGUCUGGUAAAACCUAUACAAUGAUGGGCAGGCCUGGAUUUCCGGGAGAAAAGGGUUUGAUACCUCGAUCACUCGAACAAAUAUUUCAAACAAGACAGUCUCAGCAGCCCCAAGGAUGGAAAUACGAAAUGCAGGUAUCAAUGUUGGAAAUAUACAAUGAAACCAUUCGUGAUCUGUUAUCUACAAAUCGGUCGACAUCAGAUGCGGCACGCGUAGAAAAUGGUACUCCUGGAAAGCAAUACACGAUCAAGCAUGAUGCCAGUGGAAAUACUCACGUUACUGAUCUUACAGUAGUGGAUGUUGAAAGUGUAAAAGAGGUUGCAUUUCUUUUAAAUCAAGCUGCAAAUUGCAGGUCUGUGGGAAAAACUCAGAUGAAUGAACAAUCUUCGAGAAGUCAUUUUGUAUUCACUCUUCGAAUAUAUGGUGUAAAUGAGAGCACUGAUCAACAAGUACAAGGUGUUCUGAAUCUUAUUGAUCUCGCUGGGAGUGAGCGUCUCUCAAGAAGUGGGUCAACCGGGGACCGAUUGAAAGAAACUCAAGCAAUAAAUAAAAGUCUGUCAUCAUUGAGUGAUGUUAUAUUUGCCUUAGCCAAGAAGGAUGAUCAUAUCCCAUUCAGGAACUCAAAGCUUACAUAUCUACUUCAGCCUUGUCUAGGUGGGGACUCGAAGACAUUAAUGUUUGUAAACAUCUCUCCUGACCAAGCGUCAGCAGGGGAGUCUCUAUGUUCACUUCGGUUUGCAUCAAGAGUAAAUGCUUGUGAAAUUGGGACACCUCGGCGUCACACAAACGUGCGUCCUACAGAAUCUCGUUUGAGCUACUUCUGAUCUUUAGAUAGAUGAACAUGUUGUUUAACCUAUAAUGUGGCUCUCAAAUGCCUGGCCUAUGUGACUACUACAAUAACCAAAGUAAUUUUCAUUCUAACAUCAUACACGUAGCUUGUAUUGUAUAGUGAAGAAGUUACCCAAAUAUGCACUCUCCCAUUCUAUUAGUUCCACUUGCAGUUCUGCUCAA